AUCAACUUCACACAUUUCCCACAAUUUAUUGUUUAAAGAGGCAGUGAAGUGCAUCAGAAUGUGAAUAAAUAAACAUUUCCCUUGACAUUGCAAUAAUAAUCGACUCGACAGUCGAUAAAACAGCUGUUCCAACUAAAAUAAAAACGAGUGAAUCUUCAAGUGUUGAGUGUCGCUGGUUUUUACAAGGCAUCGUGGACCUCUAGUUUCUCCCCAGAAAGUGAUUUUCCUUGUUAGUUUCAUCCUUCUUUCGUUUUCAAACUACCUGAUGGAAAAAAAGAGACAAAAACACACAUUGGUGUAUAUAAAAGUAACCAACUGACUAAAUGUUUCAGUGUUGGUCGGUUCUCCAGUGCUGACAGUGACUUUUCCAUUUCCCCAAUAACAAUGAAAUAAAUUCUAAACCCAAAAUCCAGAUCAAACACACAUCCAAUAUUCACCCAAUACUUAAUCCUCAAUUAUGAUAAUAAAAUGAAACACGUGCUGGUGAUAUUUUAUUAAUUAUUCUCAUUACCCUCUUGUGACAUGACUGUCGUCAGCAGUCGAGUGAAGUUAUUCGUUUUAUAGAUAAAAACAAAUAAAUCAUCGGAUUUAUAAAAAGGAAAUCUCAUAGAAUUCACAAAGAGGUUGAACAAUGGGUCGUUACACAGGGAAAAAAUGUCGUUUAUUAACAAUGCUGUGGUUAACAGCAUUUUUCUUCUUGGUAGAAGUGAUCGUCGGUUACGUAACAAAUUCCAUGGCACUUGUUGCUGAUAGUUUUCACAUGCUGUCGGAUGUAGCAGCUCUGGUAGUUGCAUUUCUCUCUGUCAAGAUGUCCCCGAAAAAAUGGUCGAAGAAUACGUUUGGCUGGGCUAGAGCUGAAGUGCUUGGAGCACUGGUGAAUGCAGUAUUUCUCGUUGCUCUGUGCUUCAGUAUAACCGUUGAAGCUUGUAAAAGAUUCAUCGAACCGGAGGACAUACACAAGCCUGAGUGGCUCAUUGCUGUUGGUACUCUUGGACUCUUUGUCAACCUGAUUGGUCUCUGUUUAUUCCACGAACACGGGAAUUCUCAUGGUCAUACGCAUGGAAUUUCUCGUAGUCACAACAGACUGAGUACUUUGGUAUGUGAUGAUAAUGAAAAUGAUGAGGCAUAUCGACCAUCGUCACCACCACCACCACCACCUCCACCGAUCAAAAAAUCCCAUGGCCAUAGCCAUGAUCCCAGUCAGAUGAAUAUGCGAGGAGUAUUUUUACAUGUACUCUCCGAUGCUCUUGGAUCUGUUAUUGUUAUUAUUUCAGCAGCAAUUGUGCAGUUUACUACAUGGGAAGGAAGCCGUCAUAUCGAUCCAGCAUUGUCUCUGAUUCUCGUACUUCUUAUUCUCCGCUCUGUCUGGCCACUGCUGCAGGAAUCGGCUUUGAUCUUACUCCAGACAGUGCCAACUCACAUCCAGGUAGAUGCAAUUCAGCAACGUCUGCUGGAAAGUAUCGAUGGAGUUCUGGCAGUUCAUGAAUUCCACGUGUGGCAACUCGCUGGGGAUCGGAUAAUCGCUUCAGCGCACAUCCGCUGUCGUAAUCUCUCUGAAUACAUGAAAAUUGCCGAACAAGUGAAAGAGUUCUUCCAUAACGAGGGCAUCCACUCUACCACAAUUCAGCCUGAAUUCAUUGAAGGACGUGAAACUCCAUCACCCGGUGAGACUCCCUACAUGUGUCGGCAGCGUAACAGCUUGGCACGAUCAACAAUAUCAAUUGGUGGUGGUGAUCAGCAGGAAGUCAAUGAGAUGGAACGUGGACAUUUACUAUCACCGCCUGUCUCGCACCACUCCGUCCAACUGACCCAUCAGAGCAGUCCAAAGCCCAGAGCUGUCAUUUGCUGAUUUAUCCAUUGGAGGUAGUUGUUGACGUUGACGUAAACACCGGGAAUUCCGGAUGAUGCACAACCU